UUUCAUAAUGCAAAUUUAACUCAAGCAUGUCUCUGAAAAGGGCGCAGUGUUCCUGAGUCAGGCUGAGUGGGAGCAUGUUUUGAGUUCCCGUUGAGCAGAUUGAGCGGAAGAAGAAAAAGCAGAAGCUCGAGAAGAGGAAAUGGGAAGAACACCAUCAAGCGCCAGGAUUCUGAACAAUGUUCUUCCCCGAAUGGUCGGCGACAGUUUGUUAUCCAGGCUUCUCGUGACCAAGUUCUAUUUUCCAGUUCAAAUCUUGUGCUUUCUUUUACUUUCCACAGCAACAGGAAGAAGAGAGGCAUCCCUGGGCCUAGCGACUGGGAGUCUCCAGCAGGAGCAGCAAGGAUGGGCACGACCCAUUGACAACGGAACAAUAGAUCUAGAGUGGUGCACCCAAGCUGAAACUCCAGCUGGAAAGGUCGGUUGCUGCCCGCCUCGAAGCAAAACACCGGUUGUCGACUUCGUCCACAACACCCAGCUCCCCAGUCGCCUGAGGCAGCCCGUUCACCUCCUCAGCUCGGACUACAUCGCCAAGUACAUUCGAGCCUACGAGCUGAUGAAAGCUCUUCCUCCGGACGAUCCCCGCAAUUUUGACCAGCAAGCCAAUAUCCACUGUGCCUAUUGCGAUGGCGCAUUCUUGUACGCCAACAGCACCGAAAGGCUCCACAUCCACAGGAACUGGUUCUUCUUUCCCUGGCACCGCUGGUUCCUCUACUUCCACGAGCGAAUCCUGGCCAGUUUGAUCGAAGACGACACCUUCGCGCUCCCGUUCUGGAACUGGGACAAUCAAUUCGCUUCAGAUCCACUGCCGAAUGUCAUCCCGCAGAUGUACUUGACCAAUCCUGUCCUGUUUGACGAUUUCCGCAAUCCAGAUCAUUUCCCGCCCCGGCUCGCGGAUCUCAAUUUCGUCCCUGGCGAUGGUGCCCCGAUCAGCGAUUCGAAGCAGCGCGAAGAGAACAACGCGCUCAUGUACAAGCAGCUUGUGAACGCCAGAACGACAAGAUUGUUUUAUGGUAAGGAGUACCACCCAGGUGACAGUAAGCCGGAUGGACUGGGAACAAUAGAAAGUGCCCCACAUAACACUGUUCACAAAUGGACGGGGAGCAGCGCGAAACCCCAUUUUGAAGACAUGGGGGUGUUCUACUCCGCGGCUAGGGAUCCCAUCUUCUACCCUCACCACGCCAACCUCGACCGAUUGUGGACCGUGUGGAAGACGCUGCCGCGCAACAGGAAGGGGCCCUUCCGCCCCAGAAGGGAUUACAAAGAUCUGGAUUGGCUUAAUGCAACGUUCUUGUUCUACGAUGAGAAAAGGCGCCUGGUUCGGGUGAGAGUCCGGGAUGCGCUCAAAACCGAGCAGCUGGGGUACCGUUACCAGGACAUCCACAAUGCCUGGGUGACUGCUCGGCCUUCCACCGUUGCUGGAGCGAAGUCGAAGCCUCUAGUCUCUGCUUCGCCAGAUUCACCUCCAACUGCAGCGGCUGAUGUGAUUGAAGAGUUCGGGGAGGCAGUGAGCGGCAAGAUCCAGAAACUGGAGAGUGUGUUCAGCACUAAGGUGAAGCGGCCACUGAAGCUGACCAGGCUCAAUAACAUCAUGCUCAAUAACGCGCUGGGGCUCAAUAACCUGCCGACCCUGUUCUCAGGUAGAGGUGGUGAUAAAUCUGAUGAUGAUGAUGAUGAAGUUGAGGAGAUCCUGGUGAUCCAAGGAGUGGAGCUGGAUUACAACAAGGCCACCAAAUUCGAUGUCUACAUCAACUAUCCAAAUGCGAAUGAAAACACGUCGGUCAAUGUGGUGGAGUUUGCUGGAACUUUUGUGAACGUUCCCGACUCUGCAGGGAAGGGGCACAUUAUGGAGACGGAGAUGAGGCUAGGAAUAAGUGACACGCUAGAGCAGCUAGGGCUGGAAGAUGCAGACUACAUUGUUGUCACUCUUGUUCCUAGAGGCAGCUCUGGACCAGUCACGUUCAAGGGGUUCAAAAUUAAGUACGAGACAUAGGAUUAUCUACUUGUUCGCAUUAUCAUAUGAACAUACACCAUAAACAAUGUCAAUCAUUAGUAAUGAUUGUUCCUGUUCCUGUUCCUGUUAUUCAUAUAGUAAUGAGCUGAACAUGAAUAAAUAUGCAUUGUCUUUGAGUU